CUAGCAAUUACAUUCGUCAUCUUGUUCAACGACCAGGUAGCUUAGAGCAACCAUGUUUAAAGCAAAUCAAGCAAAUCCUUAUGAUGAUAUAGUGGCCAAGGCUACCGACGAGAAUUUAACAGGCGAGAACUGGGAGGUCAUUCUCAAUUUAUGUGAUAAAGUACAGGACGACGGUGAACAAGGUGCCCGUAACGUGAUCGCAGCACUUUUAAAGCGUCUGGCCCACCGGAGCCCCAAUGUACAACUCUACGCACUCUCGCUAGGAGAGUCUCUCUCAAAGAAUUGUGGUAUCAACCUUCAUCGCGAGCUUGCGAGCCGGGCAUUUACUGGGGCAUUGGAGAAGCUUAUUGUUGAUCGGACAACACAUGAAAAAGUUCGUCGGAGGGCUCUCAGCCUCAUUGCGAUGUGGACAGCAGAGUUUGAACACGACCCUACUCUAGGAAUUAUGGAGGACUGCUACAACAAUCUGAAAGCAAAGAGCUAUCAAUUCGAAACCCCCUCCGAGCCAGCCCCUCCCAGUGUUGACGACGAGGCACGGCGACGGGAGGAGGAGGAACUCCAGCGGGCCCUCGAAAUCAGCAUGCGUGACAAGGGCGGGCGAUCUACUUAUGCACCUGCUGCCUCAGCUGGUCCCUCUGGUGCAGCUGCAAAGUAUGCAUCUGGGUAUUUCCCAGCGCAGUCGCCGAGUCCAAAGGCUCCUGCGUACACACCAAAUAGUCAUCAUUCAAAUGCCAGAACAACAUCGGGAUAUUCUCCCACAAGUGCCGGAGUACCAGCCAUGGCUGCCUCUUCGACAUCGUCGCUACCGUCCCAAGUUUCAACAGUAGUAGUCACUCGUGUCCGCGCUCUGCACACCUUUGAGCCUACGGAACCGGGCGAACUCGCCUUUGAAAAAGGUGAUGUGAUCAAGGUUGUUGAUCGAGGUUACAAAGACUGGUGGCGAGGGCAACUGAAGGGACGUACAGGAAUAUUCCCUGUGAAUUAUGUUGAACCUCUCCCUGAGCCAACUGCUGCUGAGCUUGCACGUGAGGCAGAGCAAGAAGCAGCUGUCUUCGCUCAAGCUGCGAACGUCGAUCGAUUAUUGUCAAUGCUGAGGAAUCUGGAUGCUUCAAGAGAGAACCUAGCCGAUAACGAGGAAAUUCAGGAAUUAUACCGUUCAUGCAUGGCCCUCCGUCCCAAGAUUGUCAAGCUCAUUGACAAGUACAACCAGAAGCGGGCUGAUUUGGUAUCGAUGAACGAGUCCUUUGUGAAAGCACGCACAAUAUUUGAUCGGAUAAUGGAAGACAGCCUUGCGCGUCACACCACCAUGUACGAUUCCGGUCCGCACCCAGCACAACCCUACGGAUACGGUUAUGACCAACCCCAACCAUAUGGGUAUGGAGGCCCCAAUAAUGCUUACCAGCAUCAGCCCGAGCAUCAGCCCCCACCCCAGCCUCAUCCUGGACCACCGCAACACCCCGACCCUGCAUAUGCAUACCAACAAGGGCAAGUUUACGGCGCCCAUGUCGGCGGGGCACCGUACCCUCAGCCUGCACAGAUACCGUACCCACAGACUUCGCAAUCGCCUUACCCUCAGCAGCAACCUCAGCAGCAGCCUCAACAACAACUUCAUCCCCAACAGCAACAACCACAACCACAACAACCUGCUGAGUAUUCGCCCGGAGUACAUGCUCAACAGCCACAGCCACAGCCACAGCUGCAACCGCAAACUCAGCAACAACAACCUCAAAGUGCUGGCCCGCCCUACGUUUUCGAUCCAAAUGCAACAUAUCCAGAUCCAAAUGCUCAAGCAUGGGCGCAAUACUAUGCGCAGGGUGGGACGGAUACUGCUGGGGCGGUGUACUUUAUUUCAGUGCCAGGCGUAAGUGAUGCAUCAUCACCGCCAGAGCAAAUCCCUCAAUCGCACCAAUCAUCACUGGAUCCAUACCAAGCUCAGGCUCAGCAACCACCUGCACACCAGGAAGCCAUGCAUCAAUCGCCGACCUCCCAGCACGCAACGUACAUGAACCCCAACCCCCAACAAAGCCAAUACCCCUCGCAGCCAUACUACCAAGAUCCUGCAUCUGCCCCGCAGGUGUCGCCGACCAGUGCAACUGGUGGUGUAUCUUCGCUGCAACGGACGUCAUCUACGACUGCAGGUGGCCCUGCCCCGUAUAGUUAUCAUUCUCCACCACGUCAACAACAGCUCUCUCCAAUUGGACAGAGUGGAUAUGCUGGACCAGGGUCUGAGGGGCAUGGGUAUGCGCCGCCGGCAGGCGAUGGUUAUGGGCCGCCCGCAGCAGGCGGCUACGCUCAGAGUCCGCCGUCAGCGCCAGGGUAUGGGAGUUCACCGUCGGGUGAGUACCCACAAGGUCCCGGGGCGCAUGGCAGCGUGCAUGGUUUACAAAACCAAUUUUUGGACAUGUCGAUUGGAGGUCCACAGGUGGCGACGUCGUGAGUAAAAGAUGCAUGGAUGAAUGGGUGGAUGUUUGUAAACAUUUCUAGGUGACCCUAAAUUAUUGUCUCAAAUUUGUGAUAUGCGAAUUAUUCUCGGAUUUUUCAGUGACUGUGAACGAUGAUGCGAUUAAAUCUGAUUGUCGAAUGUCUUUGAGACUUUGGGGCCAUCUACAGCGGAUUACCAGAUACAUAGAGCAGGUACAGGCACCUGCAGCUCAUAAUAGCAAGAUUCAU